CUCAUUCAGGUAACUAUGGAGGCCUGGUCCUCGUUUCCAGACACGUUUUGCUCAUGAGUCAUUCUGUGUGUGUGUGUCAUUCAGGGAUCUACAAGGUCCUGCAAGAGUGUGGAGACGAGACGAAGACAGUCGCGGAGCCAGAGCGUGGUGCAGGCCAUGGAGGAGAGCUAUGAGGUGGACCUGGUCUACAUCACAGAGAGGAUCAUCUCCGUCUCCUUCCCCGCCGGGGCCGAGGAGCGCAGCUACACCUCCAACCUGAAGGAGGUGGCUUCCAUGCUGCACUCCAAGCAUGGCGAGCAUUACCUGAUGCUGAACCUGAGUGACCGAUGGAAUGACUUAGCCAAGUUAAACCACAAGGUUCUGGACUUUGGCUGGCCAGACCACCAUGCGCCCGCGCUGGAUAAGAUCUGCAGCAUGUGCAAGGCUAUGGACACGUGGCUCAGCGGGGACCCGGGCAAUGUGGUGGUGCUCCACAACAAGGGGAAUAGAGGUCGGACCGGGGUGGUGGUGGCUGCAUACAUGCACUACAGCAACAUAUCCGCCAGCGCAGACCAGGCACUGGACAGGUUUGCCAUGAGGCGCUUCUAUGAGGACAAGGCACUUCCCGUGGGUCAGCCAUCCCAGAAAAGGUAUGUGCAGUACUUCAAUGGCCUGCUGUCUGGACAUAUAAAGAUCAAUAACAAACCCCUGUUCCUGCAUCAUGUCAUCAUGCACGGCAUACCCAACUUUGAGUCUAAAGGAGGCUGCCGUCCUUUCCUGAAGAUCUACCAGGCAAUGCAGCCGGUGUACACAUCAGGAAUAUACAACGUGCAAGGAGACAGCCAUACCAGUAUCUGCAUCACCAUCGAGCCGGGCCUGCUUCUGAAGGGAGACAUCUUGCUCAAGUGUUACCACAAGAGGUACAGAAACCCCAACAGAGAUGUGGUGUUCAGGGUGCAGUUCCACACCUGCGCUAUUCAUGACUUAGGGGUGGUGUUUGGGAAGAAGGAGCUGGACGAGACUUUCAAAGAUGAGAGGUUCCCCGAAUAUGGAAAGGUGGAGUUUGUUUUCUCCUAUGGACCAGAGAAAAUCAGAGGCCUGAGCCACCUGGAGAAUGGGCCGAGCGUGUCUGUGGACUACAACACCCAAGACCCUCUAAUCCGCUGGGACUCCUACGAGCACUUCGACCAUCGCCUCGAGGACACUACAGACGAUGUUGUUCACACCCAAGGACCACUUGACGGGAGCCUCUAUGCCCGGAUCCGUAAGAAAGACUCCCUGGAGGGAGCGGUCACCAUCAACGGCCUGCCCGUCCAUGAGAACCCCUUGACCAACACCGAGCAACCCCAACAACACCCUAACCACCCCCUGCAAACAGCAGACCAGAUUCUUCCUGUCACAGGUCCCGCCUCUCUACCCGCCGUUGACCACACCCUAUCCGUGAGCAGCGACUCAGGGAACUCAACAGCGUCCAUCAAGACUGACCGCACCGAUGAGCAGAGCCAGUCCCUGCUGGGUGGAGUAAGCAACAGCAACCAGACAGCGGGCCAACCGCAACUUAGCCCGCAGGAGAAGAGGGAGCUAGACCAGCUUCUGAGUGGCCUUGAGGCACCCACUCAACAGCGCCAAGCCUACCUGGCCACAUCCACCAGCCCAGGGGGAGGCAUCCGACACUUAGUCCCAGCGCAGGUGCACGUCAACGGGGGUCACACACGUCUCAUCGGGGCCCCAUCAACAGAGGAGCGGGAGACAGAUAUUCUUGACGACGAGCUGCCCAACAGCCAAGAGGGCAACAGUGUGGACAGCUUAGGCACACUCUCAUCUCUGGAGGGCCAGGCUACACCGGCAGAACUCUAUUACCAGUCAGAGACACCCGUCACUGGGCAGAACGACGGUCCCUACCUAGAGAGAGGUGCCCUAGGAGAGAAGCUUAGCGAGAUGCCUGUGCACGGUGUGCGAACCCCCACAGCUCCUCCAGAGCGGACCAUGGACUCUGCCUCACCUCAAGGGGGAUACAACAGCUACCAGAAUGGAGGAGGGAUGUACCGCUCACAGUCGUUCGGGAACCCAGCAGCCAGCAGCCUUGACGCCAACCCCAAGCUGAUGCCCAGGGCGCCAGAGAGGAGCACCAGCAGCCGAGAGGCUGUUCAGAGAGGUCUCAGUGCAUGGCACCAGCACAGUCUUCCAGACGAUCCCUUCGGUCCGCCCCUCCAGUCCACUCACAGCCUGCCCCACUUCCCCACUACGGCCUCACAGCGAGACAUUGAGCAGUCCAUUGAAGCCCUCAACAUGCUAAUGCUUGACUUGGACCCAAUCCACUCCCACAUGUCUAAGUCCCACAGUGUUCCCACCGGAGAGAACAACAUAGGUUCGUCCCAGAUAACCUUCUCCCAGACUCUGGCCAGACCUUCCUACCAAGCGGACUCGGCCAUCCACGGAUACAACAGCUCUGGGUCGGUCAACAACACCAAUGCCUUUGGUCAGCCCCUCCGGUCAACCGGGAGAGUGUCCACAUCACCCGCCCAAAGUCCUGUGGUGGAGUCUCCAAUGUUGUAUACUCCUCAUAGACCCAAUGCCACCUACCAACCUCACAAUGCUGGCAGCACCACCCCAACACACACCCCAGAACCCUAUUUCCACACACGCCCAUCGUCUGGCCAGACUGUCCCCCACCACGCCACUGAGGCCUCCCAAAACUUCAGCCAGCAUGUCCCACACAAGGCCCUGAACUCAUACCAAGGUGGGGGGUUGUGUCACUCCCCAGACAUCCAGGGCUCAUCUCCUUACCCUGGCUACAGUGCCUCUUCCUCCCCCCUCCCCACACUUACCCCUCAACCCAAGGAUAUCUCCUCUUCACCUCUUCCAAAAGAGCAAGAGGCAGAGGAGGAGAACCUGAACCUGGAAGGCCUGGUGGCUCACCGCAUCGCUGGCAUGCACUCCCGGGGCAUGACCCCAGAGGUCUCCCAGGACAGCGGCCGGCGUCGGACCACGAGUGAGGGCCAGUACCAGAGCAGCCACGAAGACCCCUCAGACCGUACGAGGCCAGCCGUCCAUUCACCAGACUUUGCCAACACCCUCGCCCUCAACCCAGGAGGGCGGCCCCGAGAGGGUUUGAUUCACAGCUACCGGGAAGCCUUUGAGACCGAUGGGAACGGUGCACCGGCAGUCAGCCCUCACUUUUCCAGCAGUGGUGAGAUUCAUCCGCGGACCCCUGCCUUCCCUGUCUCAUCACAGACCCCUUACUUCAACAUGUCUUGCUCUCCUCCAGGACUGGCCAAGACUCCUCUCUCUGCACUGGGACUGAAGUCACACCAACAAGGUGGAUUAGACAUGCGGGGUUUUGCGGAUUCAAGAGGACAGCCGUUGAAUGCCCCUCUCUCCUCCAGUAGCCCCAUCAGCACCCCCGACAUGAGGAGGGCGGGCUCCUCAGACAGCGGCCAGCACACACCGGCGCCUUUCUACCCCAACCGACCCACCUCCCCCGAUGGCUCCCAAGUCAACAUCAUGGGGGUCCACACCAUCCCCGGCAGCCCCAAUACCCUCCACCGCACAGUGGCCACCAACACGCCGCCAAGCCCCGCCCUCCAGCGCCGCCUAGCCAGUCAAACCAGCCCUGCGCUGGCGAGACAAUCGACCCCAACCAACAGCAGCAGGGACGGCAUCCCAGGCAGCCCUCUGAUUGGUCGAAACCCAGUAACGUCUUGCGCCGUUGUGCCUCCCAGCCCUCUGAUGGGCCGGCGGCAGAUGGCUAGUGGACACAGCACACCCGAUGACCCAGGGGCCAUGUGCUACCAGGGAAGCACACAGCCCCCUUCCACCCCUUCUUUCCCCAUCUCCCCACAGCUACCAGAGAAGAGGCACCCGUCCAGCUCUGAGUCAGAGAGGCCAAACGGAGGAGGGGUAGCUUACAGGACACUGGACAACAAGAACCCUACGCCGACCCCAGCCAGCGAAGGUAGCCCUGCAAAUGUAACUGGCUCCGGCACGCUCCCAGACCAGUCCAAGUUUACCAUCUAUGACGGCUAUCCGGACAUCAAAAUGAAUGUCAAGUUUGUCCAGGACACGUCCAAGUACUGGUACAAGCCAGACAUAUCCAGAGAGCAAGCCAUCAACCUGUUGAAAGACAGGGAGCCUGGGGCGUUUGUCAUCAGGGACAGCCACUCCUUCCGCGGGGCCUACGGUCUGGCCAUGAAAGUGGCCUGCCCCCCUCCAACUGUGCAACAGAUCAAGAAAGUGGGGGACAUCAGCAAUGAGCUGGUCAGACACUUCCUGAUAGAGACGAGUUCCAAAGGAGUGCGUUUGAAGGGCUGCCCCAAUGAACCCUACUUUGGUUGCCUGUCUGCCCUGGUGUACCAACACUCCAUGACUCCACUUGCUCUGCCCUGCAAGCUGAUGAUCCCCACCAAAGAUCCAAACGAGGAAGCCCUGGAACUGGCGACACCCACCGAUCCAGUCGUUGAACUUCUGAAACAAGGAGCAGUAGCUCAGAAGGUCCCCGAGGAGGCCCAUGCAUGCAAUGUUCUCUACAUCAACUCUGUCGACAUGGAAUCUCUCACGGGGCCUCAGGCGAUCGCCAAGGCAAUCAGCCAGACGCUGGGAACGAACCCUCUGCCGGCCGCGACCACCGUCCACUUCAAAGUGUCGACGCAGGGCAUCACCCUGACAGACAGUCAGAGGAAGAUCUUCUUCAGGCGGCACUAUCCUAUCACCACGAUAACCUACUGUGAUAUUGAUCCCCAGGAUAGAAAAUGGGGAAAAGAAGGAGGUGGCUCAGUGAAGCUUUUUGGAUUCGUGGCGAGGAAACAAGGAAGCACAACGGACAACGUCAGCCACCUGUUUGCCGAGCUGGACCCGGAUCAGCCUGCCUCAGCCAUUGUAAGCUUCGUCUCCAAAAUGAUGAAGCGAUGAAACUCCAACGUGGAAGAGGCGGCGAUAGCCAUUUUGGUAUUUUCCUAUUUUUUGAACUUGGGGAUUCUCUCUUUUUUUUUCUCCCAUCAGUUGAAGUCGGUUUGUGUUUCCAUUAUCUUUUUUAUUUUUUAUUUUAAUAUCACUCUGUGUUUCUGGUUUGGCUUGACUUUGCUCUUUUUUUGGAGAAGUCUCCAUCAGAAGGAUUUGGUGAUGAUCUAGAGUGGCGCCAGAGGAUGUGUGGUGUGGAAAUUUGAACGUGACGAACUUUUCAAGCUUUUGAGGAAAGAAAAAUGGAAAACAGGGCAACCCUUGCGAUUAGAAGAGGCUGGCCGAGGACGAAAGGAACAAAGUUAAGUUCAGUUGGAGGAACUCGUAAGGACUCGUAUGUUUCAGGGCUUCAUUUGUUUGUUCAUUGGAUUGAUUUACCAAAACAAGUGGACGUAGCAGGUAGUCAAAUUAAGCCAUUAUUUUUCUCUCUUUUCAAAAGAUUAAACUGUUUAAGAAAAAAAAAUGAUGAAUUCUUUAUGGAAUCUUUGUCUUCAGGAAAAAGAAAAAAAAAGCCGGCCUUGAUGGCUUAUAGCAAAACAGUGUCUGAAGACCUUAUGCAUGUUAGCUUGAUUAAGCUUGGUUCUUCUCUCUUCCACAAAAAGUCGUUUGUGAAACCCUUAGAGUGGUCAUUUCCGGGCCUCUUGUGUGUUGGAAAGGGCUCCGCAGUGAAACAAUGACUGAUCUAAACUCCGCAAAGCAGACCAAACUCGUCAAACGCCGCACUUAAGGUCACCGCACUGAGGUCGACGUAGCCACGCUUGCAUCACCUCCGCCUGGUCCAAGCCUGACCGCUCAGUCUCAAAACAUGGCACUUUUUUUGGGGGGGGGGGGGGGAGAUCUAGCACGGAUCACUCUUGCCUGCUGCAGUGGCUUUGCUAUCAGAUGGGCUUCUGGUUUGGGCUUCUGUCGUGGCACACAAGGAGAAGAGGGACUACCUGUCCACAAGAUGGCGGCAUUGUGUCAGGCUUGGACUCCACGACGCAUAAGACUCUCUCAUCACUCACCUGCUUGCUGUAGUGGAUCUGUUCAUAGACGCUGCCACUAAAAACACACUGGAAAGCACCAGGGACUGGCCCCAUGACCUGGACCUAUGCACUGUUCUGCAUGUUGUAGUCCUAAAUGCACCCCCCCCAUAGCUACCUUCAGUAUCACCCAGAAACAUUCUAUGCUGUGUGCUAAGAUGACUUAAACCUUUAGACAAGUACAAUGAGGUUGUAUGACUUGUCAAAGACUGCAUGAACUAGGCAACAUUUUUUGUACUCUUCCCAGAGUCCUGAAAAGAAGUAGACAACCCAUUGUUGAAGUAGUCACAUGGUGGUGAGAUGCAAUAUUUUUACUGUUUGUUUCUCUCUCUCUCUCUCUCUUUUAUUUUUUAUUUUUUGUCGUCCAUUCGAGCCAGGGUUACCUUUCACUGUAUCAAGGACAGUCUCGUCUUUGUUUUUGGAUCCUCAGUGAAUCUACCUUGUCGUCAAAUUUACAUUUAAAUAUAUUUAGGGCAACGGAAGAAAAAAAAAACUAAAGAAGAAGAAAAAAAACAAAACAAAAACAAGGAGUUUCCACACUGUGCAAAUGCCUGCUUGUUGAACACAUGCUCAACCAUUCACAAUAAGCUAAGGGAAUUGAUAUUGAUAUAAAUGUAUAUAGAUAUACUACUUUGAAAGGUGACAUAGCGAAAAAGUAUUUAUUUUUGUUGCUUUGGUCCCUCAUGAUCACCCAUAUAUACAUAAAAUGUACAGUCUAGGUAAAGAAGAUUACCUAAUGGGUUGAGAAAAAAAACUUAUUUUGGCUAAUGAUUUCAAAGUGCGACGGCUUUGAGACGUGUUUGAAUAUAUGGUGUACAUUACUUUGUACGUGUGUGUGUUUGUUUUGGCUCGUCCCGUUGGUCAUUUCUCGCGGGUUUUUUUUGUUUUUUGUUUUGUUAUGUUUUUGUUUGUUUUGGGCGGAAGGAGGCGAGGGAGCAAAUGAGAUGGAGAGCCGAGGGUUUUUUUUAAAAAAAAACCCGCGUGGACGCAGGCAUCCGGGUGCUUCUCGACAAAGCCUCUCUCGUUUGCGUCAGUAGUCUCUCGUCGUCGGUAGCGCUGAAUGUCGGUCGAACCGCGGGGACCCGCACGAGCGUGUUCACGGGGGGGGGGGGGAGCACGAGCGAGCGCGUUUUGGAAGACAAACCUCAAAUGCAAUAUCAAAAAACAGCCGUAUGCACCCAUAUCGAUACUGUUAUCAUUUGCCAAAGAUUCAAACCCUCCGCGUCUGUGCCGACUAGCGUCUCGUUCACGUUCAUAGGAAUAACUCACACGCAGCAACGCAGCAACUCACGUUAUCCGCCGUCGUCGUGUAUGACCGUCGGUUCUGUUUGUCCAUUUACGCUACACCCGUCCCCUAAGCAUGGACACGAGGCAGGGUCAAAGAUCAUUUGUGUAACACAGGGAGCCCCGGGACUACACAAUAUGACGCGCGGCUGAAGACAGUAAAUGCGAUCAUUUACUUUUCUGUUUUUUUUUUUCUUAAACCGCAUAACGCCACAGCGACGCUCCUGUACCUAUCCAUCCUCCCAGCGCGCGCUCGAGAGGGGGGUGUUUCCGCCGUGGCCUGAAGAAGAGCGGAAACGCAGCGCUUACAUGCGCUUCACUAAGGGAGGUAUGGCGGACAUUGUUCUGGGUGUCGGCGGUGGAGGCCAGCAGGGUGGAUUCGUCUCGACGUCGUGCUAAAAGCUCCACGGUUUCAGCUUUGCUGAGCGAAAUCUCAGACUGCCAAAGGUCUAUUCUCUAUCUCGCUUGAAAGUACCUUCCUUUUUUUGCAAUUAUUUAUUUAUUCUUAUUAUUUAUUCAUUUCUGACACAUUUUUAAAAGUCCUCUGUUUAAUUGUCGCAUUUUCAUAUUAUCACACUUGUCAGUGUUAACCGGUGGAGGAAUGUAAGGUCACACUUUAUUCAAAGCGGGGUGCCGCGCGUUUAAGCACAUUUUGGCCGUCAUCGGUGGAGGUUUCGACACGUUUUACCAACAAGCUGUCGUUCGCAUUGUGAUGUCCGUGGUCGGUUGAGGAGAAAAGGCAAAUGCAACGCGAGAUGAGUGGGAAAUCUUGCAAAAUGUACAAAAGUUUGGGCAAGUUGACAGGAAGUACUUGUGCGUGGCACCUGGUGGCUUUGAGUAAAGAGUUGCCUAUUUAUUUUAGUGGAGAUGAAGUGGUUUCUGUGACCCCAGUGUACAGAUGGGAUUUGUUGGACGAAUGUGCUACUAUGGAUGUACAAAAGGGUCUCAGGUUUGUGUGCGCUUAUCAUUUACAUUAUAUUGUCAUGGCUUACCUGUUCCUAAGGAGAAAAAGAAGAAAAAAACCAUUAAAGCAAUACAAAUCAGUUA